CUAAACAAGAUGAGCUCAACAAAUGCAACAUGUCAACCAGUGUUAAGUAUAGCUAUGCUGCAGCAUUAUACUAUUAUACCUUCAUUGCUGAUAAUUUUUGUACUUUAUGCUUACGAAUAUUAUAAAACUAGACAAGUUAAAGUUAUUGCUCCAUUUCUGUUUCUACUGGACAAUGAUAAGAAUCGCUUCAUGGUAAUACUUGCUUUUGCAUCAAUGAUUGGAGAUAUUGUGCAUCUUUUAAUGAACAGUUCCACUGUUCUUGUGUUUCUGCCUGGGGUUAUUGGGCAGGCUUUUUGUGGUACUAUUUAUAUUAUAGAGAUUGGACUGAUAAACUUUCCGUUAUUUGCUUGUAUUAAUUCUUCAUAUGUUGUCAUGGCGUAUGUUUUUGGUGCAUUGUUUACAUUGUGGAAAUUAAUUUUUGUGUUGUUACAGUCUUGUUAUUACUCCUGCUCCUUUAAUGUUACGGAACUUGUUUUGGUAAAUGUUAUGGAAAACUUACCCAGCAUUUUAAGCAUGUUGGCUCUUUUUGGAAUAUUUGUUAAAAAUUGUUACAUAAAUUUGAAGCAAGGAGUGUACUGCAGACCGUUACUGGAGCAUAAACUAGUGAACGACUAUCAAAUUACUUAUGUGAAGAAAGCGCUUAAUGUCCUUUCAAGAGACGUUGUAGAUUUUUAUAGCAGCAACUUCCUCAAAAGAUUGUACAGCAGAUACAGCAAGCCUUGGUUUAAGUUUUCUACUGUGUUUUUAUCAUCUAUCGUGGUUAUCGUGAUUGUGUAUUAUUAUCUGGCUGUUUUAUCCAUAUAUGGUUUCAGUAAAGCAAAUGGGAUUCUUCUUACUUCACUGGAGUCUAAUAUCAAUUCAACCGAAAACAUAUACCCAACACUUAAGAAAACAAUGGAAGGUUUUUACAUUUCAUUUUAUGUUUCCUUUGCUGUAACUGGAAUAGUGUAUGGUCUGCUACUGCUUCACUUUAUCUAUUCACACCGUGCAAAUGUGUUAACUCUGUAUGCUGGCAAAAAAACUGAUAUUUCCAAACUUGUUAACUAUCGAUUAAUGGUUUAUUACAAUUUAUUCUUUCCUGGUUAUUUGGUUGCAUACAUGACCUGGGGGAUGAUUGUUUUUUUCAUUGUAUUUUUCAUUUUGUUCUUCCUGAUAUAUGGAUUUAUUGUUUUGGCAGUUGAUUUUCCAUCUGUUCAAGAAGUUGCGGAAAAUCUUAUAAGGUACCUUGCAUCAUACUUGCUUAUGCCUUUGAUAAUUUAUCUCCUGCAAUUACUGCUGGCAUACAAAGUUUUCACUGUGAAGCCCUUAUCAACAAUUGCGAUCUAUGUAAGAAAUUUGAAAAUUUACCAUAUUGCCAUGUACUUUUUCUUUUUCUUCAAUAUCGUUAUUGGUGCUGUAUCAUGCUUAUCCAGAUCUUUCAAAGCAUUUUUGGUCAGCAUUUUGUUUCUUGGACGAAUUGACCAUACCGCAAUGAUUUCCAAGUUUUUCCAAAAAUUUGAUAGUGGUUUUUUAGCAUACAUUGGUUUCUUGCAUGUUCAAGCUUCAUAUAAAAACCCAAUUAUGAGAUAUUUUUGUCAAAUUUUAUUAAAUGAAUCUUGCAAGAGCGAUUCAACUAUUUUAGAAGACGGUUAUUGUUUGUUCACUGAUUCAAGAUGUAUUGUUCGCAGACAACACAUUGUUAACUCAGUUGCUUUUAAUCGAUGGUUUUUAGCAUACACCUUGAUAAACAAUCCAAGUUUGGUUAAGGAAAGAUUCAAGAUAGUGAAACCAAGGUUACCAACGAUAGUGUGUUGACAUAAUUUAUAUAUUUUUCAAUUAACUUUAAACUAUUAAAAUAAAUAUGUAAUGUUUUAUUCAAACAAUUUUGUAAAUAAUACAUAAAUGAAUGAAAUAUUGACUAAUCAUCAUAAUGCUCAAUCAUCAUAAAACAAACGGCUUGUUGAUUUCAUAUAAAGGAGCUUAAAAAGUUGUCUAUAAAUCUUUUUAUUAUUUUAAAUUUUUGUUGUUGUUUUCCCAGAUAUAAGUCUUUACAGUUUAAAUACUUAUGCAGAAUUUAGAUACUCAGAAAGAAUUGCUUGUAUAAAUGAUAAUCAGGGUAAAUAAGUAAUACCAUAAUGCUUCCAACCUUAAACCUAAGAUUUAGGAAAAAAGUGAUUAAGUAAGUAUACUUUCACUAUUGCCUAUGAGGGAGGGGCGUCUAUUCGAUGGGGGCGUUUAUUUAAAAAAUGACUGAAAAGGAGGGGCGUCUAUUCGAUGGGGGUGUUUCAUAGAAGGGGGCGUUUAUUCGAAACAUUACUGAGAAUAAUAAACUGGAUAGGUUAAAACAUAUUUACAUCAUCAUAUACCUUGAUAAACCCCUAAAGCAGUGCUUUAUUUAUUUUAACACACAGUGGCAUACAUUAAUUAGUAGGUUUAUCAAAGCUUGUUAUCAAGAUUAAAAACAAAACAAAUCAUACACAUCUUUUCCAGCUCUUAAUCAUAUGUUACAUCUGAAAAAAUAUAUUUUUAUGUAUAAGGCAGGGUAUAUAAAUCUUAACAUAUGUCUUUAUUUUAUUUUUAAUUUUCCUGAUUAAUUUAUUUUUUAUGAGUGUUUAUACAGGGUUACCACGCCUCCUCAUAACUCCUCACAUCUCAAAUGUCCUCAAUUAUUUUUUAAAUUUAGGUUUUCUUCUCAAAUCUCCUCAAAAAAAUAUGACAUUUGGUUAUUUUGUAUGCUGUUUUUAUAUUAUUUAUGUUGAAUCACAACAAUUUAUGGUAUGCCUGCAAAGAUUACUUUUUUUGUUGUGUUUGUAUUUGAAGGAAGAGUUCUUAGUUAUCUUUUGUAAAUAAUAUUAAGAUCUUUGUGUUAACAAUUAUUAAAGUAUAAAUAUGUCACCUCCGCCAUGGUGUUUUGACAAUAUGUCAAUGUUUACAUAUAAACUGAUCAGAUGAAAUGUAAAAGAUGUGAUUAUUUUUGUAUUGUAUAUAUAUCUUUCCAAAAUUUUCUUUUUUACAUUUUUUCUAAAUUUUUGUAUUUUUAAAGAAAGGCAAAAAAUUUAUUGUUUGUUGUUAUUUAUUGCUAAUUUGUCCUUUAUAAUUGUCUGUGAUGUGUGCCCAAAAAAUAAAUAAAUACUUUUUUCUUAAUUCAGUAUUUACUUAUUUAUUUAGAGAAUAAUAGACAUCAAAAACAUUUUGACAACAAAUUUUUACAAACGCAAAUGCAAAUUUUUGUUUUUGAAAAGAUUUACUGUGGCAAAUAAUUGCUGAACAAAUAAACUAAGCCACCCGCUGUGACAUUUCCAUAGUUUUGUAACAUUCAUUUUUACUAAACAAAAAACAACGUAUUUUAAUCCUGAAAA